CACGCCGAGAACAGGAACAGGAGAAGCAUCAAACCACAUACCAGGUAAUGAGAUUCUACCGAGGGAGUCUAACGGUCUCUGAUAAGGGGAAAACUGCCCAUGUGUCCAACUUUCAUUCCUAUUGCUUUGAUAUAUGCUCUCCUUUCGCACUUGUACAUGAUAUAUCUUCAUAUUUGAGCAAUCAUCCCAACCAUUCCGGUGCCGAGCCUCAAAAUGACCUCUCCCCCGGCCAUCAUCACCCCCGCCUUCCUCUCGUCCAUCCGCAGCCAUCCAAGCCUGCCAGGGCACACAUGGUACCUCAUCGCCGCUGCGACCUUAUCCCAGCUAAACCGGCCGGAUGAGAUCGGUCAAGUCUAUUUACAUGCUCUGCAACACGGUGCCGGUUCUGCCGACUCAGCUCCGAGCGCAGAUGAAAAGCUCCGCAUCUCCCGCCGGAUGCGCGAGGCGCUGAUCAAGGCAGCCGCAGUAGGGGGCGUUCCGAGGACGAUCAACGCGCUCCUCGAGCUCAAGAAAGUGACACCAGAAGACCUCUUGGAUGAGCCUGAAGCCUUUUCCCCCACGGGGCGCAGGGCGGAGAUCUACGAGACACCGACGCUAGAGAUCAUGGAGCGGGGCCAGGGUUUCUUCGAGGCUGUAUACGGCAAAAUCACCAGGAGGGUCAUGGGCCAAAUGGAUCGCUCCGGCACCGAGGACCUGGGUCUGGUGGCCCGCCUGAUGUACGGCUACGUCUUGAGCAACACGAGCGUCCUCAGCGCUGCUGAAACCUCGUUUGUCAUGAUCGCCGGCUUGAUUCCCCAGGAUGUGAACCCCCAGCUCAAGGGGCAUCUGAGGGGAGCUCUCAAUGGUGGCGCAACGGUUGAGCAGGUGAAGGCGGUGCGCAACGUGGUGGUGGAAAUCUGCAUGGCCGCCGGCAUGAAGAUGCUCGAAGCCGGCACUCAUGCAGGGUUCGGAUGGAGAAGUGAGGUUGCCGACCUGUAGCAUCAGUGCAGCAUACGUUGUGACCGAAGCCAGCACCGCCAAGGUCGACAGCCGGCGAGUGUCCUGUCUCCUUCGCCAGCGCCCUCGGCUUCCCUCGGCGAGGUUUGAUCACAGUCAGCAGCACGACCGGGUGCAUGUCGGGGAGCUGCGACCCUUCCCACCCACCCACACUGGAUUGGGCUUGGGCGGACAAAUCCCAAGUGCAUACGUCCAUUGUAUUUCGCAAUCAUAAACCAAUGAUUCCUGAACGCCACUCGCUACACAGUAUCACCGCCGCUGUCCCUGGCAUCUCACCUCACAUGGUCCUCUGCACUCUCAUCCCACUUCGGCCG